GCACCCGGGGCGAGGUGGGGCGGUAGGAAAGGCCGGGCCUGGGCAUGAAUCACCCUCGCGCUCCGCUUCCCUUCCCCCGGCCCUGCCCUUAAGAGCCAGCCGGGGCCUCCGCCCGCGAGUGCUUGUCGGGGCAGCCAAGAGCUGCGAGCGUUUCCUCGCCCCGCUCCGUGCCGUGCCGUGCCGCGCCGCGCCGCGCCCAGCAACCAGCUGCCGCCGCCUUCUGCCGCCCCGGCCCCGGCCCCUACCCCUGCUCGCAGCCACCAUGCCCAAGCCGAUCAAUGUUCGAGUUACCACUGUGGACGCGGAGCUGGAGUUUGCCAUCCAGCCCAACACCACAGGCAAGCAGCUCUUUGACCAGGUGGUGAAAACGAUAGGCCUGCGUGAAGUCUGGUACUUUGGUCUUCAGUAUGAGGACAACAAAGGAUUUCAGACUUGGCUGAAACUUGAUAAAAAGGUCUCCGCUCAGGAAGUCAGGAAGGAAAGCCCCCUUCAGUUCAGAUUCCGUGCCAAGUUCUUCCCUGAGGAUGUCUCUGAGGAGCUGAUCCAGGACAUCACCCAGAAGCUCUUCUUCCUGCAAGUGAAGGAAGGGAUCCUCAGCGAUGAGAUCUACUGCCCACCUGAAACAGCAGUUCUGCUCGGCUCCUAUGCUGUGCAGGCCAAAUUUGGAGACUACAAUAAAGAUGUGCACAAGCCUGGAUACCUCAACUCAGAACGCCUUAUCCCCCAACGUGUGAUGGACCAGCACAAGCUUUCCAGAGAUCAAUGUGAAGAGCGGAUCCAGGUCUGGCAUUCUGAACAUGGUGGAAUGCUCAAAGAGGAUGCCAUGCUAGAAUAUCUGAAGAUUGCUCAGGACUUGGAGAUGUAUGGGAUCAACUACUUUGAGAUCAAGAAUAAGAAAGGAACUGAGCUCUGGCUGGGAGUAGACGCACUGGGGCUGAACAUUUAUGAGAAGGAAGACAAACUGACCCCAAAGAUUGGCUUCCCUUGGAGUGAAAUCAGAAACAUCUCUUUCAAUGACAAAAAGUUUGUUAUAAAACCCAUUGACAAGAAGGCACCGGAUUUUAUAUUUUAUGCUCCUCGUCUAAGAAUUAACAAGAGGAUCUUGCAGUUGUGCAUGGGCAACCAUGAGCUGUACAUGCGCCGCAGGAAGCCUGACACCAUCGAGGUGCAACAGAUGAAAGCACAGGCCCGUGAGGAGAAACACCAGAAACAAAUGGAAAGGCAACAGCUAGAAAAUGAGAAGAAGAGGAGAGAGACUAUUGAGAGGGAGAAGGAGCAGAUGCUGAGGGAGAAAGAAGAGUUGGUGAUGAGACUACAAGAGUAUGAACUGAAGACCCAGAAAGCAGAGAGAGAGCUCUCGGAUCAGAUCCAACGAGCCAGGCAGCUUGAGGAGGAGAGGAGACGAGCCCAGGAAGAAGCUGAGCGUCUAGAAGCUGACCGCUUGGCUGCCCUUCGGGCCAAGGAAGAGCUGGAGAAACAAGCCGUUGACCAGAUAAAGAGCCAGGAACAGCUGGCUACCGAGCUUGCAGAAUAUACAGCCAAGAUUGCCCUUCUGGAAGAGUCCAGGAAACGUAAAGAGAGUGAAGUUGAAGAGUGGCAGCACAGGGCUAAGGAAGCCCAGGAAGAUCUAGUAAAGACAAAAGAAGAGCUACAUUUGGUAAUGACUGCCCCACCUCCACCUCCACCACCUGUCUACGAGCCAGUGAACUACCAUGUCCAUGAUAACUUGCAGGAAGAAGGAUCAGAAUACUCUGGCUACAGCGCAGACUUAUCAAGUGAAGGGAUCUUGGAUGACCGCAAUGAAGAGAAGCGCAUUACUGAAGCAGAGAAGAACGAGCGUGUGCAGAGGCAGUUGAUGACCUUGUCGAGUGAGCUGGCCCAGGCAAGGGAUGAAAAUAAGCGGACCCACAAUGACAUGAUCCAUUCGGAGAACAUUCGACAAGGACGUGACAAGUACAAGACACUGAGGCAAAUCCGACAGGGCAACACCAAACAGAGAAUUGAUGAGUUUGAGGCUAUGUAAAUAGUGUUUACAGCCAAAAAGGCAAAACUAUGGGGCAAAAGCAGUUUUUAAUGCUGAUUUUUACUUUUUUUUUUCUGAGGGGUCACUGUAUGACACACUUAUCAAAUGCUCAGCCUAAAAGAGAUCCCAAUGGCUGUUUAUCCUCCAACUUUUAGUACCAAAAUGUGAUAACUGCCCAUCAGGUCUGUCAACCAAACCAUUUUUCUUGGUAAUCUUUGUUCAUGCAUAUCCUAGUGCCAAAAGGCCUUUAUGUAAUGUCCAUAUUCUCAAGCAGGACUUAAUGUUCCAUUCUUCUAGUUCUGAUAAUGAUGCUUCUUCUAUGGCAGUUCCUGGAUUCAGCUUGGUUUAAAAAAAAAAAAAAAAAGGUGAAUUUUGUGCCAUACAACCUUGGAUUCUCCAAGUGCAGCAUAUAAUCAGGCUUCUGGCAAAGCAGAACGUAGAAUUCUAUGCCUGCAUUUUCCAAACUAGUGCUGACCACUGCCUGAACCUAGUUUUCAGACUCAUGUGGUUGAUUAGGUUUUCCUGGUUGCUUAUGCCCAAUUGGACAUGUUCCUGCAGUGAUCGCUCAGAAGAAAUGCAGUAUAGGAACACUCUUUGGUAUCCUCUUUACAUAGUUAGACAGAUACUCAACUGGAAUUUAAUACAAACUGUUUAUAUUCCAGCCUAAUUAAUGAUCAGCUGUAGUGUAGUAUUUAUGUAUAGAUAAAGUAAUAAUAUGGAUUGUAACACUAGUUUAAAAGGGAAAUAAAGUUGCUCUGUAUAUUUUGUUACUGUUUUCAGAUUUAAUAAAUUUGGAUAUGUAAAAAAAAAAGUUUAAACAAUAUACUUAGUCUAAUGUGCUACAGCCAGUGUAUGAAAUGGAUUACUUGCUAUGGAGCAUGUGUAAAGAUGAUUUUUUUUUUUUUUUUUUUUUUUUUACUUCAAUGAAAGUUGUGAUACAUGCAUGUGAUUCAGUAUAUACAGUUUUACUGCACCAAUUUUUUUCUAACAAGCUUUCUAUUUUUUUUUUUUUUUUAAUAUUUGAUUUAAUAAUGUUUCAGACUCCAGCCAUGAAGGGACUGUUUAUAUCACGUUUGUAUUCUCUCUCUUACAGAGAGCAUUCCUGUGGACUUUUUCCUAACCCACUCCCUCCCAUCCAGUCUUUUGAAAAUCUGUUAAAGUCCAAUGAAAUCUGGUAUAAGUUCUCCCCCUCUUCCAUUUACAACCCUUAAUGCUGCUUCAUAGUCUUAAAGUUAAACCCUCUUUAUCGAAGUGUUGUAGACCCUUUUUUCUUUUGGUGACUGACACAUAUCUAAAUAAAAGAUCUGCAAGCUGA